AUGCCAGUCGCCAGUCGCUUGUUCAUUGCCAUGGCAUGUGCUGCUCUCUCGGUCCUCGUGCUUCUUUGUUGCCUUUCAGUCGUGCUGGCCAGCGAGGAGGCGCCGCAUGUCUUUAAGAAGGGAAACAUCAACUUUAUACUGGAAUCGCUUGAGACGACCUGCGACCACGACUAUGUGGAGUACUUUCGCAAGGUGCCCGAAGCGGGGCUGCUCUACACCUUCCGUGUGGUGCGCCCUGCCAAUGCCUUCUCCAUUGACAUCACCGUCAAAGUGCUCAAAACGCAGCGAGUGCUGUACCGCACGGCCAACAUCAAUGGCUGUGAAUUCCUUCGAAAUCCGCUAAUGAGCAAAGUUUUUGGCACCGUUUACAAGCAGCUGGUGGUCAAUGGCAGCUUCUUCAAGUGCCCCAUUCCACCGAAGGUGUACUUCCUGAAGAACGAGGCCACUGUGGCCAUGUUUCCCACCAUUCAUCCGCCCGGACACUUUCAGCUUUCGAUGCGUGUAAAAAUGUCCGAAAGUCGGCAGCCUUAUGUCAUGGAAAUGCUUUGGAAGUACAAAAUUGUUCGCAACAAAUAA